AUGGAGGUGUUUACGUCAAAACGCGAUGAAAACUGUGAGGAACCACCGGUCCUUCCAAGCAAGCCAGCGACCGAGGCAAUCAUCCGCCAGCCACCACUACUGGGAGUCUCAUCGGACUAUGCCAUUUGGAAGGUCAGGAUCACGACGUAUCUACGUAAAGUCCCAGCUGCCGAACAUUUUGACUAUCUCCUGUCGUGUCUAGACGAUGAAGCGGCAAAAAGGGCGAUUGCCAACGGUUUCACCGCAAGUAACUCGUCUGCCCAAAACUGGAAGGUGCUUGAUGAAUGCUUUUCGCUAACAGUAGAUACACAGCUGGGGACCAUGCAGUUCCUGUCGCGUCACCAGAAAGCGAGUGAGGACCCCAUGGAAUACCUGCACUCCUUGCAGCAGGCAGCAUUUGUAGCCUUCCCGAGUUUAGACGUCUCUAUACGGGAAGAAAUAAUACGCGCACGGUUCACAAAAGGCCUUUUGCCGGGUGCACUACGACAGCACCUUCUUUACAUGCCGCCAAAAAGCAUUCAGGAUUUAAGAACCACAAUUCUACGGUUCGCUGCCGCAGACAAGCUAUUAAACGCUGUCAAUACACCGCAUUUGUCAGCGAAUGCUAUUAAACAGCCUGAAGAAACACAUCAGUCCGAUUUCACUCAAACGAUUUCCGCGGUCAAAGGACGCCCCGGGAGACAGCCGCUAAGAGCUAAUCAACAUAACCGGUAG